UCCCUAGAAUAGGCAAUGCAUUUACUAGUUAAUCAUAGAGCGCGGAGAGGUGCUGGAUCAUACAUACUUUUCUCCCAAGAGAGCUCCGAGCUGGUUGCGAUUUAACACUCAACUUCUGCUCGUCUUUAAGAUUGGCAGAGAGAAUGACCAAACUCUUAACUUAUGUAAUCAAUCCUACGCCAACAAUCCCUUCCCCGCCGGAGCCUCUUGUUGCCUGUAGCUGAUCCCAAGCACCAAAGAUACCGCAAGCUGCAACAAUGAACAGCGCCAUAGAAGCGCUUUAUAUAUUUGAUGAGCUGAAUACUCCGAUCCUUGAGCACGUCUACCGCGGCCGCCCACCUGCCGCCGUUACGCUACUCGGUCUCUUCCUCGCCCAUCCCAGCCCGCGUCCUUCGCUGCUAUAUCUCUCCAACGCGACGCCCCCAACAUCGGUUUUCUCCGUAACGCAUUCAAAUCUACUGUUCCUAAUCCCCUCGAGUACGGAGAGCGAACCCCUCCUCGUUCUCGAAUUUCUUCACCGCGUCAUUGAUGUGUUGGAGGAAUUCGUCGGCGCCCCGCUCCUGGCGGGGAAGAUACAGAGCAACUAUGACGUUGUUGCGCAAUUGUUGAAUGAGAUGUGCGAUGGCGGUAUUAUUUGCAAUACCGAACCGAAUGCGCUGCAGGAAACCGUUGAGAUUCCCGGGUGGAUGGAUAAGUUGCUUGUCGGGGUUGGCUUGCCAGGUGCUUCACCCGCCCUUGGACCUUCGAAUUCGCUGAAAUCAUCACUGGCCACUGCGGCGCAUGUAAAUGGAGCGUCAGCACCAGCCAUUCCGUGGCGACGACAGGGGGUCCGGCAUACGUCCAACGAACUAUACGUCGAUAUAGUUGAGUCUUUGUCCGUUACACUGGCUCCCUCGGGAAGACCUAUUUCAGCACUAGUACAUGGGACUAUUGUCUUCACUGCGAAAAUAUCAGGGGUGCCCGACUUGUUGCUCUCCCUCGGCGCCCCGGGAGGUCAAAAAAACGUAGCCCACAAGCUUCAACUCCCCGUAUUUCACCCCUGCGUUCGUCUUGCACGAUGGAGGGAAAAACCGGGAGAGCUCAGCUUCGUCCCUCCUGACGGGCGUUUUGUGCUUGCAGGGUAUGAAGUUGACCUACAGCCCAUCGAACCUGACAAGGACAAUCCACCUAGCCACAUGGAGAAGCUAUUCCUACCUGCUAGCGUAGACCUACAAAGGUCCCUGGGCCCAACCGGGGCCGAAUUCGAAGUCCGACUUACCUUAAACACCAACUUCCCCGGCUUACCACCUAGGAGUGGAUUACCCGGCCGGGGUUCAGGGACAUCCACCCCAUCAUUCCUCGGAGGCAGCUCCAGUUCCACAUCCAACGCCCCAACCAUAGACGAAGUAGUAGUCACAGUCCCCAUCUCCACCUCCGUCCGGAACCUCACAGAUCUCCGUCCUAGCCGCGGCGAAGCGAAUUUUACACCGGGCGGCGACACGCUCGAAUGGCGCGUCCCUACAACCAGCAAAGACGCAGGCAGCCUCUCCGGCACCGCAACCCUGCGCUGCACGAUAAUCGGCCCGCUCUCCUCACCAGCCAACGAAGACGACGAUGAUAAUACUAGAUACGAAUCCACACCGAGCUCCGCGAGAAAACAAUACCGCACAAACCCCCUAAUCGGCUACUACGACGACACCCUCGCCCACCAGCCCGAGAGCAGUUACCAGGACCUGGAACAUGCCCACCACACCUCAAAACAACACUACCCUUCGUCAUCAUCGGGCCUGCAAGGCUCGACGACGACGCCGCUCGAGCGCGCGCGCAAGUCGCAUAUGGCGGCUUUGAUGCCAUCGUCUGUUUCUGUGUCGUUCACGGUGCGCGGGUGGCUACCGAGCGGAAUACGGGUUGAAGGGUUGCUGGUUGAUGCGCGGAGGAGCCGGGGGCUGGGUGAGGGGGUCAAGCCGUAUAAAGGGGUUAAGUACCUGUGUGUUAGUCAGAAGGGGGUGGAGAAGAGGUGUUAGAUUGUGGAGGUGCAAAUUUUGGAGAGGAUAGGCCGUGUGGUAGGGGUAUGUGGUAUGGAAAAUGACGUGGGAGUUUGGUUUGUUUAUUUCUUGCCUUCCUUUAAAAAAAGAAAAGGAAAGAUAUUCAUGACUGCUGCAUUGGAACAUAAUCGAGAGCGGGUGUUUUGUCCUUUUGCAACGCUAAUUACUGUUUAAGUGUUUGCUGUUCUUUUUACUUUGCUGGUGUAGGUAGGUAGGUAUGUACUAUACAUAUAUCAAUUCAAUGUCCAUGACCUACAGAGGGAGCACCGUUCGUUCUAGGUGAUUAAAUAAAAACCUGAAGAACGAUUUAGUUAUACUAUGCGAUAUGGUUCAUCAAAGAUAAUUUAAACCAACCUAUGUAGGUGACUUACCACCGGAGAAAAGAGGUAGUAUUGGUGUGAUCCUCGGACGCCCGAUCAAUG